GAGGAGGAAAGGGGAGCACAAAGAGAAGGAGAGGAGGACUGUAACUCCGCCUCCAGUCUCGAUCAUCUCACAUUCCUUAUUCGCUGCCCCUCACGUUGGAGAAUAGAGCGAAAGGGAGAAGAGGGCACAAGAACAAGGAGAGCAAAACGACCAUGGCAAUAUUCAAAUCGUCUCAGCUUGAGAUAUCCGAUCAGAGCACAUCUCUAACUUCGAUUUGGGCAUGGGGCACUCCCGCGAUAGACAGAGUUCUGUUGAAUGACGCUACACCUGGGUUGAGGACAAAAUGAGGGUGAUCUUCAUCCAGAACGCCGGUUUUGUCGCUGCUUUCUCGGGAGGCAAUGACGCUGAAGGUUUCGCCUUUUAGUUGUGAGUUAAUGAUGUUGGCAGAAUUUUUACGGUAGAUAAUGUGAACGACCCAGAAUAAAGGACAGACGACGAGAUCAUGACAGUGUAAUAACGUGAUAGUAGAAUAGCCCUAUGAUAUUUUGAUAGCUGAUAGUUUUUUGUGACAGAUCAAUUUAGCUCACGAUUGUCCAUAACCAAGGAGAAAAUGUAAUAUCGAAAGUGUAUCCUGCUUCCGACAUGCCGUCUCCUGUCAAAAUCUGACGUAUUUAUAAAGCCUACUGUAGCCCUAGAAUGUAUACUAUGAUAUCCAAUGCAAUAUGUAUCAGGCUUUUUAAGAUAAGAUUAUGUCCCCUAGGCUUACGCUUUUUUAUUUAAUCGGAUAAUUAUGAUUCUUAUGAAGUGAUAAACGGAUGAAUAAGCCCAGUUAAGGGAAGUAUUCUCUCUGUUCACAAAAAGAUGAACAUAUAUGAGUGAUUAGACAAUCGGAAUAUUAGUUUCCAUGUAAUAUUAUAAUAAUUACGCAUUAUAGCUUGUAAUUUAUUUAUUUAUUAAGACUAUUAUUAGGCCUAUAAGUAUUAUAUUUUCAAUAUUUGUUACAGUUAGUUAGUGUGAAAUAUUUAACUGUGGGAAGUUAGAUAAAAUACUUCCCUAGAGAUGGAAACCGCUUUUCUAUCAGCACACCGGGGUCUAUCUCGUCCCGAGGCCAAACAAGCCCAAACCACAGCGGGAACACCGAUAGACGGUGGUCCCUCUUCUUCACCCCUGCCUGCCAGCAAUUUAAUGGCAGAGACCCCGGCAGUUAUUGAUGGAAGGCGAAACUCGGGCGUGAAGAAACACCACCACAAGCAUAACCUGAAACACCGCUACGAAUUGCUGGAGACACUCGGGAGAGGAACCUAUGGCAAAGUCAAGAAGGCAAUCGAGCGUCAUUCUGGGAGAGAGGUGGCCAUCAAGUCCAUUAGGAAGGAUAAGAUCAAGGACGAACAGGACAUGGUUCACAUCCGCAGGGAGAUUGAGAUCAUGUCCACCCUCCGCCACCCCCAUAUCAUCUCUAUAUAUGAAGUGUUUGAGAACAAGGAUAAGAUUGUGAUCGUGAUGGAGUACGCCAGCAAAGGCGAGCUGUACGAUUACAUCAGUGAACGCCGGCGACUGAGCGAGAGAGAGACACGACACUUCUUCAGACAGAUAGUGUCUGCCGUGCACCACUGUCACAAGAAUGGAGUGGUUCACAGGGAUUUGAAACUGGAAAAUGUUCUACUGGAUGAAAACUGUAACAUCAAGAUAGCUGAUUUUGGGCUGUCCAAUCUUUACCACAAAGACAGACUCCUCCAGACCUUCUGUGGCAGCCCACUCUAUGCAUCACCUGAGAUUGUUAACGGGAGACCCUACCACGGCCCAGAGGUGGAUAGCUGGGCUUUGGGGGUGCUGCUGUACACCCUAGUCUAUGGAACCAUGCCGUUCGACGGAGGCGACCACAAGAACCUGAUCCGCCAGAUCAGUAAUGGAGAAUACAGGGAGCCCACCCAGUCCUCAGAUGCCCGCGGCCUGAUCCGCUGGAUGCUGAUGGUGAACCCGGAGCGCCGCGCCACGGUGGAGGACAUCGCCAACCACUGGUGGGUGAACUGGGGUUGGAAGAGCAGCGUGUGCGACUGCGACACCCCGCGAGACCACGGAGGUUCACCCAUGCUGGCCCGUUUCAUCGACUGGCAGAACCGCAGCUCGGAGCCCAGACCCGCGGGAGGGAACAAGCCCUCGUCGUCCGCCUUGCUGCUCCGCCAGAGGCCCAAGAAGUCCAAGAAGGAGAACGAGGGCGGAGCGCCACACAGUGGCGGGGAGGAGAACAAGCCGGGUCUGAAGAGGCCCAAGGGCAUCCUGAAGACUAGGGUGAUGGAGGAGCAGCGCUCCCCCGGCCUGGAGGAGGGGGAGCUGGGCACUGCCAUGCUCAGAGCCCUCCCUGCAGGUGGAGAACCAGCCGAGUCCAGCCCGGACCCGGAAGAAGAGGAGCCAGCCCUGGUGGGGGGCUCCCCGGCCAAGAUGGUGCCCAUCCUCCCUAAGAAGGGCAUCCUGAAGAACAACCAUCAGAGGGAAUCAGGGUACUACUCCUCUCCGGAGCGCAGCGAGUCAUCCGAGCUGCUAGGGGGUGCUGCCAUGUCCCUGGUGGCCAGCUCCCCACCUAGGAGAGCCGUGGGGAGGAAAGGCAUCUUGAAGCGCAACGGGAAGUUCUCCACCUACAGCGGGCCUCCGGCGGGCCUGGUGGUGGCGGGUGGCAAGCUGGGCGGGGAGGCCCCAUCGGCCCUCUCCUCCUCAGGGGACUUGGGGCUGUCUCGCAGCCAGAGCAGGCCCUCCAGCAUGGUGGGAGAGGACAUCAGCGUCCUGUCCUCCCCCAGCUCCCCUGACUGGCCCCCCUCCGCCCCGCACCGCCGCCCCAACAUCAGGGCCUGCGUAUCGGCCGAAAACCUGCUGCAGCUGGCCAGCUUCCAGGGCUUCCAGGCUGCUCCUCCUCUCCAGGGAGCGAGGUUUGGCCGAGGGCCCAGAGCCAGGGGCUCUCCGGGGGACAACGGCAGCUUCUCCUUGCUGGGGGACCUGGAGGACAUGACUCAGGUGUACCAGCAAGCCCUGGACAUCAGCAGCAACCUCACCUAGGGGGGAGUAGAAGAGAGGAACGAAGAGGCAGACGGCCAGGCUAGAAAUCAGAUGCGUGGGUGUGUAGGAGUGUACAUGUGUGUGUGUGUGUGUGUGUAGACAGGUGUGUGAGUGUGUGUGUGUGUGUGCAUGUGUGAUCGUGUUUGUGUGUGCGUGUGCGUCUGUGUGUGUGUGGCAUUGACGACCAGUGUGUUGCUGGGAUACACCUUUUCGGAGGUUGUAGUUUCCCGAUGGGGGUUCAAUUCCUGGUGGAUACUUUAUACGUGCACACACACAUACACACACACACACAUACGUUCACACUUCUGUGCUUUUCUCAAACAAGAAGAAAUCGAGUUAAAAGGGUUCCAAGAACGUGUGAAGAAACCGGUAGCUGGCACAAACGAACACGCCCUUGCCGCCUCCUUCACCCACCCAUAGACUUUGCUGUGUUCAAAAUGUUUACAUAUUCAGCGAAAGGCAAGUUAGAAUCACAAACACAGCAAUCAGAAGUUGGUUGUCUCUCGUAGUAAAACGACAAGUUUUUGAGUUUGAGUUUACAAAAGCACCUUAAAACUCACACAGAGCAAACGUUUGUGAUCUUUACUUCCUGAUAAAAAAACAAACAAACCAGGGUCUUGCUCCAAAAAUAACUGACAAUGUUGAUUAUUUAUUAAUAUUUUGUGUAGAUUUUAGUUUUUACAUACCAAAAACUGGUGGGUGCUGGCUGUACUGGAAGAGUCAAAAGCUCACUGUCUCGUACCCUUUGUGUGGAACUGACAUAUAUAAUAAUGUUCCUCUAUGAAGAGAAACAUAUAUACUCGAUAUAUAAGUAUGUCUGAGUAUGUAAGCCACUCAGACAUGUAUAUCACUAUAAAAGUGUAUGUCCUAUAUAUGACCAUAUGAUACUAGGGAUAUGUAGGAAGUGCCUUUUUUAUGAUCCAUAUCAAAUUAUCUAUGUCAUUUCCUAAAAGUGGAGCGAGAGGCCACGCCAGGUCACCAGUGGGGCUGUUUUUCAUUCUGUGGGUGAAUGUGGAGAGACCCAGGACCUUUCAAAUGCACCGCGACCUCUGACCUUACCCUUUAAAAGUUCACAACAGCCUUAAAAAAAAAAAAAAAGACGAAAACAAACAGAUGAGAUGAACAGGCUUUGUCUCGCCAGAACGAGGCUGAACACAGAAACAAACCGCCAGGAACAAUUUGCCACCUCGGCGAGAUGACACAGAGUCUCGACCAAGCUUGUUUCGUGGGGGCUGCUUUGAAACAGAUAGUUUGAUGUGUUUUGAUGUGUCUUGAUGUGUCGCAGUGACAGGCGUCCUGGGGAGGUCUGGAAAGGCUCCCCGCACGGAACCUUAGUGAGAGGAGACUGCGCGUACUGGCCAUAUCUCAGCAAACAGGCACAGUGAACAAAAAGCAUCCUUAGGAACCUUAGAGACAGCCUCAGACGGCUUCUCAUAGACGCGGAAUGUUGCUGCCAAACAAACACCCAUGUUCCCGUUUGAUCCGUGCCGACAGUCCCCCAGAGAUCAAACCCCUCUCCCUGAGCCGAAACCUGGCCGAUAGCUGCGGAUCCUCCAGAGCAAAGCUGUCCGCCCCUAGCACGCCAUCCCUAGGUCGUUUUCCACAGCUCGGGGUUCAUUUGGAACCCAUCCCGCGGUUGAGAAAAAUGCCGUAGCAGUAAGUUAAUUUGUUUUUAGUGCGGCUGAUGACACAGCGCAUUCCACAGACAAUGGGUGGAGACGUGUCAGUGCUGGAGAUGUUAUCGCCUCCAGUCCAGGUGGCUUCUGUGGUUCUCCAGCUGUGCACACGACUCCAUUAUGUGGAACAGGCACAAUUAGCCAGCCAUUGUUUUCAUGAGAUGGUAAGAGAAAGGUAGAGCGUCGUGAUUUAUUUCAGAGAGAGAGAGAAAGAAACCCAGAGAAGUAAUGAAAGAGAGAUGUCUGGAACGGUGGUAAGAUUGCAGACGGCUUUCCCAUGUAGGAAAGGUUUGAGAAGUUGAGUGGUUGUAGUGGAAGGAAUUGGUUAGGUAGAAUAGCGAAAGGAACAUGAAGAAAGUGACGAGUAAAAGUAGGAAAUAAGUUAUGUUCGUAAGCCAAAGAUGAGAAGCAACUCAAAGUUGAUUCAAGGAUUGAAAUUGCUUAGGAGACAGAAAAUAUGCUUUGAUCUUCCCUGAGAAGGGAAUUUGCAGAUGGAGUCAUUUCUAAGUGACUAGACCUGCGGGUCUGACACAUGUUUGUGUAAUUUCCUCUUCUGUGUGUAGGGUUUGUGUGGAUGUGCGUGUGUGGAUGUGCGUGCGUUUUCAGCAUGAAAGCUGGAUUCUGUCAAAACAGUUUUUGUCACAGCCUUAAUGUGUGGUCUAUUAAUUGUGUGUGUAGCCCUUUUCAACAACAAGGUGUAGUGAGGGAUUUGCGAGUGAUAUCAUCCAUAAUAUCAGAUGAAACGUAUGGAUAAGCAUGCAAUUUGUCAGCUAAAAAGGCUUUGCGUUGAAUGUUUUAAAAGGUCCGCAGCUGCAAAAUAAAAAAGGUCCUGGGUAUGGAUUCAAAAGACAGCCCCGAUACGUAUUAUAUUUCAUUUUAUUGCCUUUUGUAUUGCAUUUUAUUGUCAACUGGAUUUACAGUGAUCAAAUUAUACUAUGUUAGUAUUUUGUUUUAUUAUGCUUCUGUUUUUGAUUCUCCAAAAUAUAGAAACUUUAUAUUGCUUUAUGUUAUGGAAGAAAAGUAUUUCUUCCUUCAGUUUGGCCAAGAGCAGAGAAUCUGACCUGAGAUCAGUGAAGUCUCAGUGUUGUCGUGUUCUGGUAAACCAGAAGGGGUCAGAGUAGCUGAUCUGAGACCAGCCCUACUAGUGUUAACCUGUGAUUGUACAUCUCAUAGAGAGAGGAACCAAUAAAACACAGAAUGCUAUUCAAACUGUCCAAAGACAGAGAAGUGGCCUUGAUACACUACAACAUCAAGAGUAUGAGUCCAUGGCUUUUAAUGACAUUGACCUCUCCAAAAACACCUUUUGACAUCACAGGUAGAAUUGGUCAAACUGUAUACCAGUACACUGACAACCCCUGGUGUGAUCCCAAAGUAGCAUACAGCCACCUCUACCUAAACAGGGAGGUCCAAAAGGAAGGUAUGAGAUCAAGAGUGAUCUGAUGGGAGUCUUGAUCUGCCAAACUGGAAAUAAGUGGUGUGUACCGCUUAGUUCGUAGGAAGUCUAAUCAUAGGAAACUUGACUGGAUAUUGUUUUGACAAUAAAAAUAGUAUUAAUAUGUUAUUUAAGUAUUAUUUGGGUUAUGGCUCAUCAUUUACUAUUGACCGCUAAUGCCAUGUUGUUGUUUGUUUUGGUAUCAGUUGGUGAACCUGGACUGCCAAGCUGGUUUAAGUGGAGUGCCUUUGCUAUCUAUUAUGAUCAUGUUUUAUUUUGGGGGGUGGGAUAAUUCAUAUCAAUGUUUUUUAUAUUUGUAUUUAUUGGUGAUCAAGCCAUUUCAUUUGACGUUAAAACUACUCUGCUCAUGCUUAAUCUAUGUGGGACAAUGCAGAUGACCCACUUGGAGAUUGUGACACUGUUCAGAAUGCAGUGGUGUGGGGUUGUCAUCUCAUUGUGAAAGCCAAGGUCAAGUAUGUCUUUUGGGGAAAUUCAAACCAUAUCAUUUUAACAGAUCCUGAAAUGUUUCGAGUCAUUUUGUAGGGAUGGGAUUGAGCUGGGAAUCCAUCUUGACUCUUUUCCAUCACUUGGAACCAUGCUUCUGUAGUACUUUAUAAACUCAAAUAAACAGAUCACGUCAAAGAAA